AUGGCUCUCAAACAGCUUAAAAAUAACGAUGCGACGGGUGAUGAUGGAAUGACGGCUGCUGAAGGCAGAUUUGAGGACUUCCAGCCUCCCGAACAAGACGGUUUCCGUAAAGGCUUCAGCACCAUAGACCACAUACAUACGCUGCGGCACGUUAUACAGAAGACCGAAGAGUAUAACAUGCCAUUAUGCUUAGCGUUUGUGGACUAUGAGAAAGCUUUCGAUUCGAUCGAGACUUGGGCUGUGCUACAGUCUCUCCAGAGGUGCCAAAUUGACUAUCAGUACAUCGAAUUGCUGAAAUGCUUGUAUGAAAACGCCACUAUUUGA